UCUUCGUCUUCGUUUCGACGAACUAGGGUUUCGAAACCCUAAGCCCCUGCAUCUCUUUGGUGGCCCUACUCUUCUCGAUCCUAGGUCGGAGGUUUUCAUGUUGGAUUUGGGUGGAUUUCCAAUGUCGGCAGCCGCAGGAAGUGCCAAGCGAAGCAGGGAGGAGUCCGAGUGCCUGAGGCCUGAGAGGAAGGCGAAGAAGCGAGAGAGUGUUGAUGACGACCCAGAUCUCGAUCUAUCCAGUGAUAUCAAGGGGAUCAUAUCGGCCUUGCAUCAGAUCAGAGAAAAAGCUCUGAAGGAUGGGCAAAAGAAGGCCGAGGAAACGAUAAAGAGUCUAGAGUUGGAGAUCCAAUCAAUGACAGAUGAUGCCAAAUCAAAGUUCGACAAAGAAAGGCAGAGUUUGAUGAAGGCAUUAUUAAAGAGUUCUAAAGAGUGUGAGAGCUCUUUGAAAACAGAGUACAGCAAGUUUCAAGCAGCUUAUGAAAAGUUUUGCAAGGAGAAACAAGCACAUAUACAGGCUUUUAAAGACAUAUAUUCCAAAUACGAAGAUGAAAAGGAAAAAUUGUCCAUUCGAUAUGAACAACACAGAAAGAAAGAGAAAACUAGUCUCUCUGAACUCGAGAAGACCUGUACAGACAAGCUAGCCAGUGCAGAAGAAUCUCUGAAAAAGAAGAUGCAGGAUGACAGAUCUUUCAGCAUCUUACGCAAAUCUCUUGGAUCAUUCUUAGGAAAUGCCUCCGAUGAGGACUUUGGCCCUGAUGAAUGAGCAAUCUCAUUCCUCGUCUCGUUGAUCCUUGAAACAUUGAGAAUAUCAAAGAGUUUUCAUUUUAGUUUCCUUGGCUUGGGUAAGAAUGGAGAUUGCUCCAUUAUUGCCAUUAGCUUUUUUUCAUUUUUUGGGGAUUAAGGAAAAGGUUAUCAGUUCAUUAUUUGCAACUGCAACUAGCUCUUACCAGAACUUUUUUUUUGUUAGAUACUUAGGACCGCCAGAUGUACGGCUUGUAAUA